AUGACGUUUUUGUCUGUUCACCUUAAAAUAGGUCCUCUGGAAGUGUGUGUUCGGGUACCUUGUCCUCCUAAAGAGUGUUCUUCUUUUGAAAAGCAAGGCCAACAGCAGGUAAUAUCCAUUCCAGCUCUAUCGUUUGCUUUCCUUAUUUAGAUCCAAAGAACUGUAAAAUUAACUUUUGAUGUUUAGUUGAAAAAGAAUCACAGUGCUAUUUUGAAUCCAGAUGUUUGUUCUAACUUUUAAUAAAGUUCUGACUCCUUUAUUUUCUAUAAGUCGUGUUCCUCAAGUUACUCACACCAAGGUAGCUUCUGGGUGAGCCACUGCAUUAUAGACGAGGUGAUUGAAGUCAAAAAGGAGAAGGUAGAGGUUACAAUGAAACAUCAUCAGGCGGCAUCUAAUAUCCCAGCAGAGAUAACUUAUGGAGGUAGUCACAGAUGUACCCUUGAGCUUAUUCACAGAACACUUCCACAAAGGUAGGACAUUUGUUUUAUCCUUACAAAGAUGUAUUUUACCCAGAACUAAAAAUACAGUUUUAGACGUAACCACUCGAAAAUUGUUGAUCAUUUACGGUAUUAGCCUGAAGUUCAUCCGAUUGCUUCGAGUCGUUUUCUCCUCUCAAUAACGUCUGAAUCGACCGGUCGUUAAUGCCGUCCAGUGACGUCACUCACUACCCGAAAACCGCGUAGUGAUUUUGAUUGGUUUAUUGUCUAAAGAUUCGAAUAAUUAAGUAUAAUUAUGAAAAAUUUUAGCGGGAUUGUCGCUUGAUAUUCAGCGGAUCGCUUCUCUGGCAUAGUUCAAACAUUUCGAUAAGCUUAAUCUUUAUCUUAAACAGCAAAAUUGCCCUUGUCUUCGAAACUGAAAUGCUAAAUUGAAUUGCGAAUGAAGAAUCAUUGCGGAGAGUCGGUGGGUUUUCCAUUUAGAGCCGCUUUGUGGUUUCGACGGCCGGUGAUUUUGUUUACGCGAAGUUUUCUGAGAUCAAUGUUAUAAUUUGACCUUCUAUUAUUCUUGCUAUUUUAACCGUCAAGUGUAAUGAUUGUCUUAGAUAUUCUUUCGUUGUCUCCUUGUUUUUUUUUUCUUCGGUAAGGACCAAAUAGUUUCUUUUCAAUUAGAGCAAAUCAUUGUGUUUUUGAACUAAGUGCUCCGUGUGUGUGUUUAUUUCAUUGCGUGAUUGCGACCGAGUUUGAUUAUAGAAUUUAGUACAACCAGUUCAGAGUUGUACUGCAUGCAGUUGAUAGUUUGAACGUUGAACAUGAAUUACGAUCGAAAAAAAUAAAGCAGUUUUGUAUCAUGCAGACAUUUCCAAACGAUAUUUCUCCGUUUGCCACUUGAAAAUCGUGUGUUACUUUUUUCAUGAAUUAAAAGCAAAGGUCAAGGAGUAGUGACGUCACUGGACGGCAUUAACGGCCGGUCUAUUCAGACGUUACUGAGGGAGUAAUAACGACUCGAAGUAAUCGGAUGAAAUUUAGGCUAUUACGGUAUUAGUUAAACAAAACGAGUUAUUGUCAAUGAUGAUGACCUUGGAAGUAACAUUGUGGUAUUCUUAUUUUUGUAUUCCUUCCUUAUUUCUGCAAUUUGAUUGGCUUAGAGCACUGUUAUUUCUGCAAAAUAUAGUGUUUUCACCAUGACGUCAUCAAAUUCUAAAUUCAAAAUAGAGCGGCCCUCUGAAUUCUUAUGUACACCAGGUUGAAGGUGACCGAAAAAUACAUGUUUGUAGAAAUUUCCAGCCCCGUAGCGUCUUUUGUUUUGAAAAUAAUUAAAAGCGUUUUGAAUUUCCAAAUUUUCACAGCGCGUGAAAACACGGUGGUAGCCUCGGAAGAGGUUCUCGCUCUCUUUAUCAUUUUCAGCACUUUAUUCAUUUUAAGCGGUACAAAAUGUGUUCAUACGCAUGUCCAUUAGCUUACAAGUAAAAAGAAAGCAUUUUUUAUCGCAAAAGUGAAAGCCUGGUAUCUUUGUUGAUUUCCGGCCGCCGUAUUAAUGUCCCAUGUUGGCACACCACCCGCACAGACCUGAGACUUGGACAUGUACAUUGUAUAUUUAUGAGUCUUUGGUAACAUUUCAUUUCCUUGGCUUCUUUCGUUCAACGGUUUCAAAGUUAUUUUUUAUUGCGCGACAGUGAAAACACUCUUUAAAAUAUUACAGUUAAAGAAGCAAUGGCGGAUGAUUUCCAGAUUUUCGAGUUGAAGAGGGUGAAGAACUCAAAGAAACUUUAGAAAAUCAAAACUCUAAGAAAGUGCAUCGACCUGGCUUAAAAUUUCCCAACACAUUUACUUGCUUAUGAAACGAAACAGCUGGAAGAAACGUCCUAAAAGUUCGUCGCUGAAAUCCGUAACGGAAGGUACAGUGUACGAGCUCGAACAUUUGAGAGUUAUGCUGGCCUCAUUGGACUGAUACCUAAAAGAAAAGGAUGCCGCCUUAUUCUCAAUUUUCGAACUGCAGAAAAUUCAUUGAAAUAAAAGCAAGGCUUCUUUCUCAAAAAGCUUUCUGUAAAAGGUCUAACACUUUAAAGGCAUUCACCUGUCGAAGAGAAGAGUUGUUAUGGUCUAAAGGAUUGCUUGGAAGCCAUUCUCCAUAGUAACUGAUACUGAUACAUGGUGUGGUUCUUGCUAACCCUGCACCUAGAUUUGAGGAGCUGUCAGGAACGCCACUUCAUAUACAUUAACGAUUUCUCCUUCAGCGCAGACGACAACUGCGACGAAAACAGAGUUGAAUUCGUCACUUACGAAGAAAAAACCCCGAAAACUCGCCAAGAUACUUAAAGAUAGUAAAACUAAGAAUAAAGAUGUUUGCUACAAGUGGAGAGAUGUGUUUUGUUAAACUGUUUUUUUUAAAUAUGUCUCUGUAACGAACACCCGAAGAAGUGCGAAACUGCCGUCGAUAUUAUCUUGCUGUGAAUAAACGACCCAAGACACAUUUGUGUGGCAUAAGCGUCAACAGCUUCAUUAAAUAAAAGCUAUUGAAAUUACUUGUAACAAUUUUGCAAUAUAACUUGUGGUAUUCAUAACUAGUAUCACUACAAAUCAUGCUGUUACUCUACUAAUAGUUAACCUCCUUGCAGACGAAUGUAUGCAGCACUAUGCGUCAAUCUGCGACACUCGUCAGAACUUGUUCAUGCCAUUUGCAAAGGAGAAGAACCGAAGAGAGGUAUGCAAAUUAAUUAACAAGAAUCAACGUUCUUUAUAAAAAAGGGUUUGUGAAAAAUCGUCGUUAACUGAACUUGGUAUCGUCAUUAGACGGUGCAUAGCAGUUAUGCAUUUUUUUUUCAAACUUGCUUGCCCAAAAGGGAAAAUUCAAAAUUGCCGCAAGCGUUUUUGCUGUUAUUUCUCGGUGUGCUAUUUACUUUCUUUCACCAAAAUAAUCCUGAAAUCACUCCCGGACCGGUUUUGUAUUGAGUGUUUGCGCCUUAAUGCAAGAAGCCACACCUCGCUCAAAUUCUUUUUCUUUAGAUAUCUCGGCCAAACGAUCUUCAUUGGAAAUUGAAAUUGCACCUUCUGGGUCGUUCUCUCCGACAACCAAAACAGCUAAGGUUUAGUUAACAUAUCUACGUAAAAACUGGUUUGCCCAGCGUAAUAAAACGUCUUGACUCUGAAUCACUUAUUAACUCCGUUGUUUUGGCAUGGUUACAAAAUAUGAAAAACCAUCACAAUUGAAAAAGAUUCUGAAGCUGGAGACCUGGUUAAUGCCAUCUAUUUCAGCAUGGAAUGUUGGAAAAAAGAACGUGAAAAGUCGACUCACUUUUCAUAAGUGUAUUUCUGUAUCCCUUAGAGAAUCAUCGCCAAUGCAAAACAACCUGUUUAUCUUAUCUGCCCUCAAAGAUUGUGAUACAUCAUAUGACCUCACUCUUCGUGGCAUGUCUGUAAAAUAGUUAAUUAGCUAAUAACCUGGGCCACGUUUAAUAAAGAUUAUUGUAUUGUAUUGAUAACCCUCACACAUGCUUUCGCACAUACGAAAGAAAAAAGUUUUCUUCCCUGCUCGACAGCUACCGCAGGAUUAAUGUCUUUCCAAAUAAUUUUUAAUAGAAAUAUUUGGAUCCCUUCCUCCCGACUUGUCCUUGGAGCAGCAUGAAUUCAAACGAUUGAAUGACUACCAAGAGGCUGCAGUGAAGGAAGCACUCUCCAAUCCGUUUAGUUUGAUUCAGGGACCACCUGGUAGGUAAUUUCAACAAAACUUUCACUAGGUUUGUAACGACCAGACCUAAGUGAUAACGCUGCCGAUAAGACGAAGGUGGUACGCAUUUUUGUUACUUAUGAAAGUUUGGCCCUUGUUGUUUCCGUUAUCUCACUCAGGGACUGGAAAAACUGUGACGGGUGUACACAUUGCUUACUGGUUCGCUCAACGAAACCAAAGGUUGACUUACAAGGUUUUGGAAAAAGGCAAAAGAAAGAAAGAGGGCGAAACAGCGUACAAAGCACCACCCCAACUUAUUUACUGUGGACCAUCUAACAAGGCCGUGGACGUCGUUACCGGUCAGUUUUAUGAAUGAUUUGCACUAGAAAUACGCCUUGUGUAGAAGCUCUGAUAAAAAGCUUUCAUUUGGAGAAUAACGGAGACUUACUUGAGUUGAAUUAAUCAGUACUGCUUUCCUUUCUUGUUCUUAUUCUUUUACGUAGGACGUAGUGAGCAUAAAUUCAUCGAAAACAUUUAAUAAAACGUGUUUUCUUUCUUUCAGAGUAUCUUAUGAAAAUUCCUAGUUUGAAAAUCCUGAGAGUUUACAGUGAUCAAAUUGAGCAGAAGGAAUUCCCAAUUCCUAACAAACUGAAACCAGCCAGAAUCACAAGAAGUGAGGAUGAACUUAAAAUGUCCAGCGAAAAGAUAAGGUCCGUUUCUCUUCAUCACUUGAUUCGAAGUGGCGUUUUCCCAUAUGCAGAGGAGCUGCGGAAACUUGAAGAAGGUUUUGCUGAGGAUAAAGCAAGGGGCGAACCUAUCAGUGAAGAAGAUGUUGAUAAGUAUUGCAAAGUACGUUAAAUGAGUCUUCAUUGCAUUAAGAAUAUGACAUUUUCUAGUUAAAGUAUUUUAGCAUUUUCUGCAUUACUAACAACGCUAUGGACUUUAAGGGAAAGAGAGAAAGAGUCAAGUCUAAAAGCAAGAUCUACAAGUUACAUUGCACAUUUCCUUUUUUCCCUUAUAGCUUAUCGGACAUGCAGAACGGUGGGCGCUGGAGGAAUCUGGUGUCCAGAUAAUCUUGUGCACAUGCGCAACUGCUGGUAGUCCCAGGAUAGCCAACUCCUGUGACAAUAUCCAGCAGUGUAUCGUGGAUGAAUGCGGCAUGUGCUUAGAGCCUGAAUCACUCGUGCCGAUCACGAGCUCAGGAGCGAGACAAGUUGUUNGCAGUGUAUCGUGGAUGAAUGCGGCAUGUGCUUAGAGCCUGA